UCCUGCUGGCUGCUUACCUCAUGCUAAUAACAGGCUGUCUGCUAACAUUAGCCGCCUUUAAAACAUCUGGUGCUGCUGUCGGUGUUAAAGUAAUAUCAAAUUAGUUUGUCAGCCUGUUCUCCAGACAGGACUGACCGUUUUGUAAUGGCUGUUUUUUCUCGGCUGUAAAAGGUCAGACGUUGUGUCUUACAGCCCGUUUUUAGACACUUCCUCUUCAGCUAACUGAGUUAGCAAACAACUAAGCUGAAUGUAAUGUUGCACUACUAACGUUUCACAUGAACAGCUCUUCCCAAACCGUGUUGUUAUACAGUCAUGGUGAAAAAUAUUUAGCUCCAAAUGAUCUCCUCGGGUAGCAGCAGAUGUAAGAUAACAACCUGAUGCAUGAUGUGAGGUGUGUUAAAGCCUUUUGACAUCUGCUGAUAUGGUGGACUUGAGACUGACCCUCAGGAGCCCCCAGCCUCACUUUGUUAUGAGAGUCUGGGGAAAAUGUUGCCACAGGUUAUGGAUCUAGGACAUCGUCUUUCAUGAGAUUCCGAUUUCAUAUCGCUUCAAUCAAACAGCUGUAAGGACCAUGGAGAGAGAAGCAGCUGAGAAGGAGAUGGAUGGUGUUACAGACACUGAUGAAGAGAUCCCCGAUGGUGUUUCCGCAUCAGUUACGAAUUCUAGUCAUCGGGAGGCUGGACAGACCGUUGAUGCCUGUGAGCAGGAAGACAAAACUCAGGACACCCCAAAUCCCGCCACUCCACAAGACUCUGGAAUAGGUGAAGCAGAGGAUUGUGGAUCUACUGAGGCCAAAGAGGAUACUGAGGAGGCUUCAGAUGGGUUCGAGCAUGACAGCACUGCAGAUCACGAGAACUUGCAUGUUAUUAAUCAAGAAGAGGACGAAGCUGCCAAGGAGCAGCACAUGAACGGGGAGUCUGGCUGGAGGAACGUCGGAGCUGGAAGGAGAUGCAAACUGAGGAGCAGUGGAUCAGUUUCAGAGCAGAGUGGUCAAAGUGGUUUUUCCACCAUUCAAAAAGGCAAUGUUAUGUCAAGCGGUGGCCGGCACAAGCAAACCCGCAGACGUAACCACCACCACCAUCAGCAGAACCGUGGCCGCAGGCGGACAGGCAACCAGCUCGCCUUAGCCUUCAAGGAGAUGCUGUCGGAGUCUCUGAGCUUCUGGUGCAUCUCCUGUGUCCACAUGAUGAUUGAGAUUAUUGUCACAUUAACUCACAAUUGUGGAGUUGGCGUGGAGACGGGAGGGGUGAAACUUUACAACUUUGGGCAGCAGCUCCUUGCGAAGAUCACAGACACAGCAGGAAUGAAGGCGGACGCUAGCCGGAUUCUGAAAUGGAUUAAAUGCACAGGAACAGACCUGGUGGAUAAAAUAGUUAGGUCAGUGAAGUGGGUUAAGACAGCUGCCUUAUCUUCUUUGAGACUUUUAAGUGCUUUGGUUAUUCUUGGGUCCCAGUGGGCGAAGGGUGUGUUGUUCCGCCUUGGUGGAGAGAGGGGAAAGCGCUAUUGGACAGCUUUUCAGGAGUCAAGGUUUUGGAAGAGGCUGGUGUCCCUGCUGGAGAGAGUCCGAAGCAGGUUCAGGAGGGAUGGAUGUGCACCGCCGUCCAGCCCUGAGUCACCUGGCAGAGCAGGGAGAGGCCAGCCAGGCCAGGAGCUGGAGAGACUGCUGGCCUUGGCUGAGGUACCAGAGGACGAGCUGGACCCCUUUACAGUGCUCGGCGUGGAGGUGCAUGCUACUGAGGCUGAGCUGAAGAAGGCCUACAGGCAGCUGGCCGUCCAGGUCCAUCCAGACAAGAAUAAACACCCACGAGCUGGAGAGGCUUUCAAAGUAUUGAGGGCUGCCUGGGAUAUUGUCAGUAACCCAGAGACACGACGGGAGUAUGAAUUGAAGCGUAUGGCAGCGACUGAGCUCUCAAAGUCCAUGAACGAGUUUCUUACUAAACUGCAGGACGACCUGAAGGAAGCCAUGAACACCAUGAUGUGUACCAAGUGUGAAGGCAAACACAGGCGGUUCGAGAUGGAUCGUGAACCUGCCGAGGCCCGGUUCUGUGCUGAAUGCAAUCGUUGCCAUAGUGCUGAGGAGGGGGACUUGUGGGCUGAGUCCAGCAUGCUGGGCCUUCGCAUCACAUAUUUUGCCUGUAUGGAUGGCAAGGUCUAUGAUAUUACAGAGUGGGCAGGCUGCCAACGAAUAGGCAUUUCUCCUGACACGCACCGUGUGCCCUAUCACAUCUCUUUCGGUUCAAAGAACAACAGCAACUCCACACGACACAGGACGCCCUCAGAGCCUGCCGCAGGUCCGACCAACCCCGCAGAUUUGCAGGACUUCUUUAACCGCAUCUUCAAGGGAGGACCUGCCAAUGACAUGGCUGCCAAUGGGGGCUUCUUCCCCUCAGGUCCACCCCAUCAUAAUGCACCUGGUGCUGGAGCACCCCCGUUCUCCCCUCCCCCAAGCCAGUCAGGUUUCUUUAUGCCAGGGAGUCACCGGCCAGAGUCCAGCGAGACAUGGGCUGAAAGUGGCAAACCCCCCAGAAGGAGGAAGAAGGUCCGCAAACCCUUCCAGAGGUGAGGUCUGUGGAUCAAAAUAGCAGCACAGGGACACAAUGAAUAAUGGCCAUGUUUGUCUCUCGCCUGCCUGUUGGCAUGUCAAGACCUGAACUGGAGAAGAUUCACGUGAGAGAGGCUGCGUCAGAUCGGCCAAGGAGGAGAGACUGGAUCACGAAGAGGAGCCUGUUGACUGAGUACAAGUAUUGAAGGAGGGUUGAAGACGUGGCAGUGAUGGUGCUUUACCUCUCAUUUCACGUUACUUUUUGUUGGUGUUUAAGACAGCUGUAGCCUUGGCAUUGAAAUCCUUAUCGGGAUGCUGUAAUGAAACAUUUUUUUUUUCCUGCCAAAUCCUGCAAAGCACGAUUAAUUUACUUGCAUCUUAACAGUUAAUUUCUCUCACUUUUGUUUAUAAGGUUAAUUUAAGGCAUUGGUUCAGAGAGAGGGACUGUGAGUUAUGGAUCACUAUAAUCAACAUGAGGAAGAUGUGAUCUGGGCAGUUUCACUGUGUCAGUGUUAUUCAUGUUAGCACACAUCCACUAAAUUUACAAAAACAAUAGAACAUUUUGAAAACUUCUAGAAACCAUGUUUUUAUCGGUAAGCUCCCCUGUCUGCUUUUAUAGUAAAACCAGAGCAGAGGUGUGAGUCUCUUGUAGUGUGCCCACAGACAUGAAGGGAAGGCAAAGAAUAUUUAAGUACACAUGCCUCAGUGAAAGUCACAUGCAGUCAAGCCCCAGCAUGAGGGAUCCACUGAGCUAACUAGCAUUAACAUUAACAGGCAAAUUGUCUGUUAAACAAACCUGAUGCAUAUUUAAAUAUUACCUGAGUUUUUCUAGAGUUGUGAAAAAACAAAUUUGUUCUCUGUAGAAGUUCAGUUUCAGUGGUUAGUUGUUUCAGCUCCAGAUUGGCCUUUUUAAUUACAGCGCAGGUUCAGCUCUAACAGCAGGAAGGAGUUCAGCAGUGUUUCUGUAAUACUGAGCUGCUUUGAGAAGGUCCCACAACUUUAAGUGUCACCUUGACAUUUUGAAAUGUUGGUACUUUUCUAAACCAGGGAUGGGUUGCUGUUUAAAAGACCACAUUGACUUGAUCUAUACUGCCCCCCUUUGAUUCAAAGUGUAAUCACACGAAAUGAAAAUGUUGCUCACAGUUCAGCUGAUUUUCAAAGCUAGUAAUAUAAGCUAGACAAUACAACAGCUAACAGCCAUUUGACUCUUAAAUGUAUGUAAUUUGAUGUCAGGAGUUGUGGUUAUUUAUAAAUAUUGAAGCAAGCCGCACCUGUAUGUAAACUUACAGUGCUUUUACAAUUAGUUUUUUUUGUUCACCAUAAGCAUUGUUAAUUUUGUUUGAUCGGCAAGGUAAGCCUUGAAUAAGACAACAGUUAAAACACUUGUUGCAUUUGAAACAUCUGCAAUAUGUAAAUUUCAUAUAGUUGAUUUGUGUGGUUGUGCACGCUGCUACUGGAAAAUUAACGUUCCAGUCGUCCAAAUAUGAUCAUCUGGGUCCAACUUCCUGUAAAGUGCCAUUUUUUGCCAGGUAGUUUUUGAGGGGCAUGUUAAGACAUGACUGUCACCCAGCUCAGGACAAGUUGGGAAAAUAAUCUACCGUAGAAAAAUAAACAGUCUAAAUAAUGGUGCUACUCCUGAGUGUCAGAUUUGUUUCUAACUGUCUUGUUUAUUACUUUAAAAUGUAUGCAUUUUCAUCUUAUUUAAUCAUCUCAGUGGCUCCUGGCAGCGACAGGUGUGCAUUCAUGUGCUAUAACCUAGGGUUUUCUUGUGGUUAAUGCUUCCUGGAUGUGGUUCAGCUUUCAAAAUGUCAAGGUCACAGGUUCAAAGAAAAUAUCAUCUUCAUCAGUUUUAUUGUAUCUUACAACAUGAAGGGGUCAGAAAAAUGACAAUAGGUUGUAUUUUGGGUUUGGUUUCUUGAUAAGGUUUUUGCAUAGAGAUAAUUUCCUUUUCAUUGUAGGUUAAUUUAAGAAAACAGAACUAUUGUUUACACCUGAUAUGUGAAGGUUAUGAGAGUGUGGUAAAAUGGCUUUUAUGUGUGAUUAGGCAUUUGAUAAAGGCUAUUUUUUAUAUUGACAGUUAAUAUGAAAAGUACCAUAUUCGUUGUUUUGGAAUUGUGUUAAUAUGCACACCUGCCCAGGUAAUAACAUCAGAAGGAUUCAGAACGGUUAUCAGCCUAACCAGACUCCUCCAGCUGCAGCUGAGUGGGAGGUGUGCUAAGCUAACAGCUCAUUUGCAACUAAGAUUUUUUUUUUUGGUAGAAUCUGAACAUUGAAUGAGUGACAAUUUAAAAAACAAGAGUUGAGUUGCACAAACACUACACUCUGGAGAAACCCAAAUCUAAGAACUAUCUUAUGGCAUUAUAAUGCAUACCGUGGGUUUGUCUGGUAGCUUGAAAGAUGACCCUUUAUUGCACUUGACAUUAAAGAAUAACCAUGGUAUUUUUCAACCUGGA